CAUCACACACAUUCACACACAAAUAAAAAGACAAAGUAAUUAAUAAUAGUAAUAUUAUAAAGUAAAAUAAUAAAUAACUAGUUAUCUUUUUUAAAUAAUUUAUAAAACUAAAAAAAAAAAUAAUAAAAAAAAAAUAAAAAAAAAUUAAUUUUUUUUUAAAAAUCUUAAAUCUAUAUACAUAAUGGACUCAUUGUUACCAAAAAGAGAAAGUAGAAGAUUAAUUUUGGUUCAUCACUCAUUACCAUUAUCAUUACAAAAAAUUGCAGGCGGAGGGUAUUGGUCUUUUCAUGACAGAAAUUUAGCCUCAUUAGCAAGCUCAGUACAUUUACUUAAAGAAAACAACAUUAUCGAUGACUAUAUUUGGGUUGGUUGUCCAGUUUCAGAUCAAUUUAAACCAUUAAGUGGUACAAGCAAUGAUGAUUCAGAAGAAGAUAGGAAUAAGUUACAAAAAGAUUUAGAGGAUAAUAAUUGUUACCCAGUUGAAACAAUCAAUAGUAAAUUAUAUGAGGAUGCAUGUAUUAAUUUUGCAAAUAAAUCAUUAAAAAAUAUAUUCCACUAUGAAGUAUCAGAAAUAAAGUUUGACGAAAAUCAUUGGAAAAGCUAUAAAGAAUUUAACAGACAAUUUGCUUGGAAAAUAGAGCAAUUAUAUAAACCAGGUGAUAUUAUAUGGAUCCACGGUCUUCAAUUAUUAACUUUACCACGUUUGCUUAGAAUCAAUAACCCAAAUAUGUUGGUUGGAUUUUUCCUCCAUUCCCCAUUCCCAGCAGUAGAAGUUUUUAGAUGUUUAGCCUCGAGAAAGAAGAUUCUUAAAGGUAUGCUGGGCGCCAAUUUGGUUGCUUUUCAAGCUUAUUCUUAUUCUCGUUACUUUUAUCAGUCCUGCACUCGUAUUCUGGGAACUCCUGCAGGUUUUGACGGUGUAAAAUAUAGAGAUGAAAAGAUUUCCGGUGGUGGUGAAUUUUUAACAAAAAUUUCAGUUUUCUCUGAAGGUAUCGAUCCAAAUAUCACUUUAAAUAUUUUAAAACAAGAGGAUAUUAAACAAAGAAUAAAUGAAUUAAAGGAAACUUUUAAAGGCAAAAAAAUUAUAAUUUCAAAAGAUCAAGGUGAAGCAACUGAAGGUACAAAAAAUAAAUUAUUGGCUUUUGAAUUGUUUUUAAAGAAAAACCCAAGUUUAGUUAAAGAUGUUGUAUUAUUUUUAGUUUGUGAACCAAUUAAACAUUCAGUUAAUCUUCACAAUAGUAACAGUAUUAGUUGUAAAAAAGAUAAAAUCAUUUCGACAAUCAAUGAAACAGUAGCAAGAAUCAAUGGGGAAUAUGGUAAAGUUGGUAAUAUACCUAUUCAAUAUAUCAAUAGAUACAUAGAUUACGAAGAGCUUUGUUCCUUAUUCCAAGUUGCUGAUAUUUUAUUAUCUGCUCCACUUCGUGAAGGUAUGAAUUUAGAUACACACGACUUUGUAGUAUGCCACGAGAACAGCAAUAACAAUUCAAAACCAGGUAUUUUAAUUCUCAGCGAAUUUGAUGGUGCAUCUCGUUGUUUCGGAGGAGCCCUCUUAGUUAAUCCAUACAGCGUAAACGAAAUUAGUCAAGGUAUUCAUGACGCUAUCAAUUUAUCUAAUGAAGAGGCUUUAAUAAAACAUAGACAUAAUUUCGAAUACGUUAAUUUAAAUACAAGUUAUCUUUGGGGUGAAGCAUUUCUAUAUGACAUUCUUCAAAUCUAUGAUACAACCCCAGAACCAAAUAAACCUUGCUCACAUCUUGAAUCCAAAUCCCUAGAUAAAUCAUAUCGUUUAGCAGAGAAGAGACUAUUAAUUUUCGACUAUGACGGUGCUUUCAAGAAAAUACUACCUGGUAGUCCACAACCCUAUUUACCUGCAAGAAUUGCAAAUAUUUUAAAGAAACUUUCAAAAGACACAAAGAAUAUUAUUUAUGUAAUCACCAGUAGAGAUAAAGAUACCUUUGAAAACCUUUUAGAAAAUAUUCCAGUUGGCUUGGGUUGUGAGAAUGGUUCAUUUUUAAAAUCAUCAACUGGUAUUAGACCAACAGGAGAGUGGCAAAAUCUUUCAGAGGGUAUUGAUAUGUCAUGGAAAGAGAUUGUGGUUCCAAUUUUAGAACAUUUCUCUGAACGUUUACCAGGAUCCUCAUUAUUGGUAAAUUCUGUAACCGUAACAUUUUCAUAUGAAAAUUGUUCAAAUGAAUACUCUGCUGAUAAUGCCCAAGAACUUUUGACAACAUUAAUGGAAGUAGCAGGUAAAACUCCAAUAGAUAUAUCAAAUAAUAACAAAAUUAUUGAAAUUAAACCAUCUGGUACUGGUAGCAGUGUAGCAAUGAAAAAGGUCAUAGAAGAAAACCCAGAAAUCGAUUUCAUUCUUUGUAUUGGCGAUGAUAAAACCGAGCAAGGUGUUUUUGAUCUUUUAGAUAGAAAUAAUCCUCAUCAUUUUGCUGUAUCCGUUGGUAAAAAGAAAUCCUAUUCAAAAUACUUUGUAAAUAAUCAAAAUCAAGUUUUACAAAUGUUGGAGAUAGUCUCAACAUUUGAGAGUAUUAUCUCACCACCUCCACCACCACUUUCUUAUAUAAGUUCAAUAUCUUUAAAAUCUUCACCAGUUGUUGAUAGUGGUUCAGCUCCAAAUGUUCCUCAUUCUUCCUUUUCUUUACCUAUAUAAAAUUUUUAUAAAUAAUC